AUGAAUGAUGCUAUUUCCAGAAACGCAUCAUCCCACAAUCAAAUAGAUGACAUCCAUCUAAGAUUGAUAACUAAGACCUCAGGGUAUCCCUUAGGGCUAGAAUUCCACCCGGAUGAAGUGCCGUGGAAAUCUGGCGACUGUGGAUACGAACUUGGUAUCAUUGGGUUGCACAAUGAGAUUAAGGAUUUUUUCAAUUAUAUAAAGCCCACUGCAGAAGAGCAGUUUGCCAGCAAAAUAGUGGUGUCAAAAAUUAAAGAAGUCGCCCACUCCCUGUGGCCUGAUUGCCAGGUUGAUGUUUUUGGUGGCUUCAAAACCGGCCUGUACCUCCCCACCAGCGAUAUCGAUAUGGUCAUUUUCGGAAGCGGGAUUUCUUCUGAGAUCAAAGUCCUUGAUAAGACAACUGUACCUAUCGUCAAGAUGACCGACAAAGAGACGGAGGUGAAUGUAGAUAUAAGCUUCAACAUGAUAAACAGUGUGCGCGCUGCCGAGUUAAUACGAGUUUACAUGAGAACAUACCCAUGCCUACCGCACCCUGUCUUUGUGUUGAAGCAGUUCUUGUUCCAGAGGAAUUUGAAUGAAGUGUGGACAGGCGGGUUA